GAUCAGAUGAAGACUCUAUUGAGAGGAUCACAGGUAAAUAUAGAACGGUGAUCCUGAUAACCAGACGUACUCGUAAAUGUAUUGAUCUGACAUCCGGGUACACUGUUGAAAUAAGGUUAGAAAAUUCUUGUAUCUCCAUAUUGUCUGCGAAGAAACCAAAUCAAAACGAUGGCAGCCCCUCCACCGUAUCCCGGAUCGGACAAACAAGCAGGAAUCGCCCCACCUCCCCCGGGGUAUGGUGUACCACCACCCGCAGCGGGAUACCAGCCUGCCUACCAACAGCAACCAAUGGUUGCCGGGCAAUCGAGCGUGACUGUCCUUACUCAGCCAGGGAUCAUGGUCUCUCAGCAAUACCGAGAAGUUCCGGUCCGCACCAAAUGUCCAGCCUGUCAUGCUGAAGUCCUCACUUCUACCAGCUUCGAAACUGGAACUUUUGCUUGGGUGAUUGCCCUUGUAUUGUGCCUGUUUGGGCUGUGGCUGGGAUGUUGUUUGAUCCCGUUCUGUGUGGAUGGGUGCAAGGACGUCGUCCACAGCUGUCCUAACUGUCGACACACCAUCGGAAAGUUCAACAGAAUGUAAAACAACGUCGCUGUGAUAUGCAUAUCGCAUUUAAAAAAAAAAACCAUUGUGUAGUUUUUUUGUUUUACUUAUAUUGUCCUAAUUGAUUACGACAAACAAACGAACUAUUUUGUGCCAUGGGUAUGAAUUUUAGGAUAGAACACAAUGGAAUUUAAGGUUGAACACUAUAGUUUUCACUUUUCUUUUCUUUUAAAGCUUGAGAUGAUUAGUAAAUCAAAAUCAAGUAAUUAUAUUCUUUGAAUUACCUCGAUGCGAAAUGAUUGGUUGUGUUGUUACUUGUACAAUCAUAUAACAAUCGUAUUAUCUGUUUCAGUGAUAUGUCUAAUAAUAUAUUUUCUUUUCAUAUUUCUAUACGGGUUCUGGGAAGGGGUGUGGCGAAGGGCGGUUUGUUGAAUUUUGUUCGUUCGGUGUUGUUCUGUAUCUGUUCAAUAGCAUUGCUGUUUGGUUUUUUCUUUUAAGUUAAAGAAAUUAACACAUUCGUGUAUGUGUACUAACAUUGUUAUUGAUGUUUACUUUGUUCCUGUUGAUUGAUGAUUAAACUUUGUAGAACUGAA